AUGUCUGAAGAGUUCAGGCCAUCACCGCCCACGCGGACCUCGACCGCGUCGUCGCGAUCCUCGAGGAAGUCGCUGACCCUCGACCUGUCCAACCUGCCGCCGCUGCAGCAGCCCACGCCGCCGUCCAACACCCUCCUCUUCACCAACCUGCAGGACCUCGACGUCUUCCGCCCGGACAACCUGCAGACGAUCCGCGAGCUGAUCGAGCACACGGCGCCCGUGCACACCUGGGCGCCCCUCAAGUCCUUCCGCCGCAUCGUCGUGUCCUUCUUCUCGGAGCAGGCCGCCAUCCAGGUCCGCUCCAUCUGGGACGGCGAGGCCAUCCUCGGCGAGCGCUGCCACGUCUACUUUGGCCGCCACACGCCCCUCGACCUCGGCGCGGGGGGCGCUGUCCAGCACCUCGCCCUGCCCGACGCCGGCAAGCUCUUCUUCAUCAGCCCGCCGCCCUCCCCGCCCCACGACUGGGAGAUGCGCCUCGAGGGCGCCCCCAACAAGGAGGUCCACGCCGAGGACCUCGCCGAGGCCCUGGCCCGCCUGCACCACCACCGCGGGCCCCUCGACGACGUCAUCAUGUCCUCGUCCGAGACCAACAGCCCCGUCAGCCCCGUCGACGGCGGCGGCGGCGGCCCCGGCCCCAGGAGGGGCAUGCGCAGCCGCAGCUCCACGCUCAUCUACCAGCCCGAGGAGCACGGCAGCAGCCCCAACCUGCCGGCCAUCGCCGUGCACGACAUGACGGACGAGCCCGAGGAGGUGGCGCCCGAGUUCACCAAGGAGAAGCCGCUGCCGGCGCACACGGCGCGCCCGCCCGUCGAGCUGAUGCACGAUGCCGCAUAUUCUAUCAUCACUGGAGAUACAGAAGUCAACGAGGAGGAGGAGGAGGAGGAGGGUCCUCCUGAGAGCAGCAACACGGAGGGAACUAUCGCUCUCAUGGGCACAUACACCUUGGCUAUAAGGCUGUAUAUACGUGGCUCGAUUUUCCCACGCCAGCACCCCCGCCACGGCGCCCGCGCCGGCGAGGUACUUGAGGUUCCGCCACUCCACCCCGCGCGGCACGCCGCGCCGCCGCCACCGCCGCUCCCCGUGGUCGCCGAGCUCCGUCGCAGGCGCCUCCAGGCUCGGGAUGUACUUGAAGUCGAAGGCGGCCUCGCCGCCGAGGGCGCCCAGCUCCGUCUUGUCGACGGUGACGGCGUACAGCAGGCGCCGGUGGGCCGCGAUGCGCCCCUCGUCGUCCCACAGGGCGGCCGGCAGGCGGCGCGCGGCGAGCGCCAGCAGCGCGAAGAAGACGCACUGGCCCGCCACGAGGGCGGUGUAGUACGCCGGCGGGCGGGCGAUGCCCAGCGCCGACGCGAGGGCGCGGCCGUUGAGCCAGUGGGCCUCGGCGGCGAGGAAGGCGCGCGAGGCGUAGACGGGCGGCUGGCCCGCCAGCCCCGUCAGGACGUUGUUGGCCAGGACGCGGCCCGUCGGGGUGGGCCGCAGCUCCGACGCCAGGAGGGACUCCAUGGCCGCGCGGGCCGCGCGCGGCGUCGCGAGGUGCCGCGACGGCGCGCCGAGCACGUGCGCCACGUACCGCCAGAGCGCGACGUAGUCGGCCUCCUCCGCCGGCGUGGCGCGCACGCCCUGCCGCGGCAGGCCGAGCCAGAGCGGCGUGCCGCAGAAGGCGGCCACGGUGCCGAGGCUGUCGAGGUCGCUGAUGGGCACGCCGUGCUCGGCGACGGAGUAGUAGCCCGGCCGGGCGGCGGCGAGCCGCAGGAUGCGCCGGCGCACGGCGGCGUGGAGCAGCCGCACGCGGACGCUGGCGGCGGAGCCGGCGCCGCCGGGCUGGAUGGCGGGCAGGGAGGCCGUCGCCUGCAGCAGGUGCUGGAAGGUCUCGAGGAGGCGGCGGCGGGCGACGCUGGCGCCGAACCCGCCGGUGCGGGAGAGCGUCUCGACGACGCGCCGGCCGCCCAUGCCGCCGACUAG